AAAUGGUAAACAUCCUCUAACAUGGGUGAGCCGUACAAAAAUCCUUCGCUGUUUUCACAAAACCUAUGAUCAUCCUCAACCUCACAAACGAAGCCCCAGUACCCAAAACGAUCACAUAAUCACGCCGCCGUGAAAUUCCGGCAGUAUCCAUUCCUUCCAUUUCCUCCCCAGAUUAUGGCUCCACUUACCUCUUCAUAGCAUUUCACUGCCCAUUAUGGACACUCUCUUUGUCCCUAUUACCUUCUCCGAACUUCCUCACCCUUUACUCACCUGCAACACCAACGCCGCCUCUCAAUCGAGGGUUGGACCUGUUUCUCGCUUCUCGCCGCUUUCUUCUCUAAUUCACCUCAAUCGCUUUCCCACUCGCUUUAAGAAGCUUUCCUAUCCUCGCUUCGGUCACUUCCGUUGCGCCGCCGAGGCCUCCGGUCACCGACACGGUCACCAUCACGGCCAUCAUCACCACCACCAUGGCUGCCAGCACCAUUGCAGUGGUGACAGUGAUGGUGUGGAGCUGACUGGGGCUCAGAAGGCGUUCGUUCGAUUUGCCGAAGCUAUUAGAUGGACGGACUUGGCGAAUUAUUUGAGGGAGCAUCUACAUAUGUGUUGCGGUUCUGCUGCUUUGUUUGUGACUGCGGCUGCUUUUCCUUAUUUAGUGCCUAAACCCGCUGUGAAGCCUUUACAGAAUGUUUUCAUUGCUGUUGCUUUCCCAUUAGUCGGGGUCUCUGCUUCUCUUGAUGCUCUUACUGAUAUUAGUGGUGGAAAAGUAAACAUCCAUGUACUAAUGGCUCUUGCAGCCUUUGCAUCAAUAUUUAUGGGGAACCCCUUGGAAGGAGGACUACUUCUUGUGAUGUUUAAUAUGGCUCAUAUCGCUGAAGAGUAUUUCACAAAGCAAUCAAUGAUUGAUGUUAAAGAGUUGAAGGAAAGUCAUCCAGAUUUUGCUCUUGUUCUUGAUGUGAAUGAUGAUAACCUUCCCGAUACUUCAGAUCUGGAGCAUAGAAGGGUGCCAGUGCGUGAUGUUAAAGUGGGCUCAUAUAUCUUGGUGGGAGCUGGUGAGUCUGUCCCUGUAGAUUGUGAAGUUUAUCAAGGCUGUGCCACAAUCACUGUCGAGCACUUGACAGGAGAAGUCAGACCAUUGCAAAUUAAGGUUGGGGAAAGAGUUCCAGGUGGAGCAAGAAACUUGGACGGUAGGAUCAUAGUGAAGGCUACAAAAACAUGGGAAGAGUCAACACUUAGCAGGAUUGUGCAGUUGACUGAAGAAGCACAACUUAAUAAACCAAAGCUACAGAGGUGGCUUGAUGAAUUUGGUGAGAAUUACAGCAAGGUUGUUGUAGUUUUAUCUGUAGCUGUUGCCCUCAUUGGUCCAUUAUUGUUCAAGUGGCCAUUUAUAUGCACACCAGGUUUCAGAGGAUCAGUUUAUAGAGCACUCGGGCUUAUGGUAGCCGCAUCACCAUGUGCACUGGCAGCAGCGCCAUUGGCAUAUGCUAUUGCGAUAAGCUCCUGCGCAAGAAAGGGGAUACUCCUGAAAGGUGGACACGUGCUUGAUGCUAUGGCUUCUUGUCAUACUGUUGCAUUUGAUAAAACCGGAACAUUGACUACAGGAGGACUUGUGUUUAAAGCCAUAGAACCUAUUUAUGGGCAUAAGAUUGGAGGCGAUAAAUCACAGUUUGCUUCCUGUUGCAUACCAAGCUGCGAGAAAGAAGCCCUUGCAGUGGCAGCUGCCAUGGAAAAGGGUACUACUCACCCAAUUGGAAGAGCUGUAGUAGAUCAUAGUGUGGGGAAAGACCUUCCUUCUAUUUCUGUUGAAAGUACCGAAUAUUUCCCUGGAAGAGGUCUCAUAGCAACUCUGCAUGGCAUUAAGUCAGGAAUUGGAGGUAAAUUGCGGAAAGCGUCUCUUGGUUCUGUAGAUUUCAUCACUUCCUUCUGCAAAUCCGAAAAUGAAUCAAGGAUGAUCAAGGACGCUGUUAGAGCAUCAACAUAUGGAAGUGAAUUUGUUCAUGCUGCUCUUUCAGUUGAUCAAAAGGUAACACUGAUUCACCUUGAGGAUCAACCUCGACCUGGAGUCAUAGAUGCAAUAGCAGAACUACAACAUCUGGGAAAACUUCGAGUUAUGAUGUUAACAGGUGAUCAUGAUUCAAGUGCAUGGAAAGUUGCAAAUGCUGUGGGCAUAAAUGAAGUUUACUACAGUCUUAAGCCAGAGGACAAACUUGCUCACGUGAAGGAAAUUUCAAGGGAAAUGGGGGGUGGCUUGAUCAUGGUAGGCGAAGGGAUAAACGAUGCACCUGCACUUGCUGCUGCUACUGUGGGUAUAGUUCUUGCUCAUCGCGCAAGUGCCACUGCUACAGCUGUCGCAGAUGUCCUACUUCUUCAGGACAGUAUUUCUGGUGUACCUUUUUGCAUUGCAAAAUCUCGUCAGACCACUUCACUGAUCAAGCAAAACGUGACCCUUGCCUUGACAUCUAUCCUUCUAGCGUCUCUCCCAUCCGUUUUGGGGUUUCUUCCCUUGUGGCUAACGGUCCUUCUACACGAGGGUGGCACUCUCCUUGUUUGCCUGAACUCAGUACGUGCUCUAAAUCACCCCUCAUGGUCAUGGAAACAAGAUCUUCAAAACCUGAUACACGAUGCCAGAUCUAAACUUAACACGACACCCGAAAAUAGCUCUGGGACCAUCCAAACUGCAACUUCAUAGCAUAAAGAUUCUUCUUUCUCCCCUAGGUAAACCAUGAUUUUAAUGAUAUUUUUUUCUCUUUGUUCCUACUUUCAUCUUGGUCUGUAAAUUGUAAUAUAUGUACAAAUGCUAUUGUUAUACAGUCAUUUGCUCGUCGAUCGUUAAACUGUAUAAGAAAAAUAGCUGAUUGUUGAAGAGAUAUGAAAUAAUAUAUAGUUCUGUGUUCUUCAAGUGAACCAAAAUUGUCACAUAAAGAAAUACUAAA